AUGCGUGCAAUUGCAUCCAUUCUCAUACCCCUCCAGAUCGAGCUUCUGUAUGCUGCUAUUGCAAGUGCUACUGCUGCACCCAAAGCACAAGGACAGGGCAUCUACGAGACCGAUUCCGGCGAUUCCUCCACGCUUUACACAGCUACCAAUUAUGCUACCACCACCACAGAGGAAACCACCACCGCAAGCACCAUCUGGCUUGAACACCCCCAACCCACCGACACCGUCAACGCAGACUCCUUCAUCCUCCAAUGGAGCUACAACUUCGCCUACAACUCCGACUUCACAGUCGGCCUCUGGUCCACCGUCGUAGUCGACCGCACAGACGAGAUCUUCUCCACGACCGUCCACGCGCCCGAUCGCUCGAUCACUCUCCCCGCAAGCGCGUUACCCUCUCUUGCCCCCGACGAGAUAACGGCCGUCUGGCUCAAUCUAUACAUGUCGGAUAACGGCAACGGCAUCGCUAUUGGCACGGAUAUCCCGAAGCUUACUAUUCGGGGCGCGCUCCCGACACCCGCUACGUUGACGAGUACGGUUGUGGGUGAGGGUUCUGUGACGACUACGCGGUUGGAUACGACGACGGAAAACCCCGAGCCGACGGCGUCUGAUGAUGGUGAGGGUGUUUACUGGACGACGGGCGGGGGCACCGAUCCAAGUUUCUACGAGGACGGGGAUGAAGGGCUCUCGACGGGCGCGAAGGCGGGUGUUGGUGUUGGUGUUGCGGCUGGUGUGGUUGUUCUUGUCGCGAUAGGAGCGUUCAUUUUCUAUCGGCGUCGGAAGAGGAACGAGGUGGCGACCAAGACAAUCCGCGAGAUUACGGCGUCGGAGCCUGCGGUGUCUGCGGUCUUCCCUGCGAAUGGGAGUUGGAGCGCGGGUGGGGAGACAAUGGGAACCGUGAGGCCGGGGAGUUUGCCGGUGACGCUGUCGCCGCUAUCCGGGUUGGAUUCGACGAGGGGGUCCGGGAUUGAGUUGGCUUCUGCGAGGGCUUAG